GUGAUCAUGGCAGUCCUUCAGGAGAUCACAGAAUGGACUGGAUAUUUUAUGUUAUGCUUGCUGUUUGUUGUUUUUAUCACAUUUGUUGCAUAUUGUCUGUAUAUCAGACAUGUUCAUCAAAAAUAUGACCAUAUACCUGGACCUCCAAGAGACAAUUUUCUGCUGGGACAUAUACCAACUUUUAUUAAAGAAACAAAAUCAGACCGCGUUAUUCACGACUUAUUUCUGGAAUGGGCAGAAAGAUAUGGCCCUGUCUACAGGCUAAACAGCUUACAUAUUGUCAUGGUCCAGGUUUAUUGCCCUGAGGCAGCAAAGACAAUCCUGAUGUCACCAAAGUAUCCCAAAAAUCCCUUUGUCUAUAAACGUCUCUUUAACUUAUUUGGAAAAAGGUUCUUGGGAAACGGGUUGGUGACUGUUAGGGACCAUGACGUCUGGUACAGGCAGAGACGUAUCAUGGAUCCAGCCUUUAGCAGCCUAUACUUACGAGGCUUGAUGGGAACUUUUAACGAGAUGUCAGAAUGCCUAAUGGACAAACUGGAGGAAAAAGCUGACAAGAAAACAUCUGCUGUCAUGCACGACCUGGUCAACUGUGUCACACUCAACGUCAUUGCCAAGGUGGCUUUCGGUGUUGACUUGAAUUUGUUGAAGAAAUCUGACACUGCCUUCCAACAAGCAAUAGAUCUGUGUUUAAAGGGUAUGGUGUAUUACAUCAGAGACCCAUUUUUUACGCUUUUCCCCAAGAACUGGAAGAUGGUAGGACAAUUUAAAGAUGCUGCUGAACUCCUGCGUAAAACAGGCAAGAAAUGGAUACAAAACAGGAAGACAGCCAUGGAAAAUGGCGAAGAAGUCCCCAAAGACAUUCUUACUCAAAUUCUCAAAACGGCAGAAGAAGAAAAAGCUAACAAUGCAGAAGAUCAUGAGCUGAUGUUGGACAAUUUCGUUACUUUCUUUAUUGCAGGACAAGAGACAACAGCCAAUCAGCUCUCGUUUGCAAUAAUGGAAUUAGGGAGACACCCCGAGAUAUAUAAAAGGGCUAAAGCAGAGGUGGAUGAAGUCCUUGGGGCAAAAAGGGACAUUUCAUAUGAAGACAUUGGAAAACUCACUUACUUGUCUCAGGUGUUGGAGACUUUGCGUCUGUACCCCACUGCUCCAGGAACAUCUCGCUGGCUGCCUGAGGACAUGGUUAUUAAUGGCCUGAAAAUCCCAAGAGGCUGUGCUGUUGCUCUCAGUACUUAUGUCUCCUCAAGAAUGAAUACAUUUUUCAAAGAUCCACUGAAGUUUGAUCCAGAGAGAUUUCAUGUGAAUGCCCCAAAGCCUUAUUACUGCUACUAUCCAUUUGCACUUGGACCACGAUCCUGUCUAGGACAGGCCUUCUCACAGAUGGAGGCGAAAGUUGUGCUUGCCAAACUGCUUCAGAGAUUCGAGUUCAGUCUGGUUCCUGGACAGUCGUUCGACAUUAAAGACACAGGAACUCUGCGGCCCAAGAGUGGAGUGAUCUGCAACAUCAGACACUGCACACAGAACUUCUUCUAGGUCCAGGAUCUGAAUAUUUUUGACAACAGUUAGGUACUGAUCUGUUUGCCAUCAAACUCUUGUCCAUUAUUCAAAAAUGAACCUGAACACAGAAGUUUUAACAGCUUAAUUUAUGAUCCACAUGCACUUUUUAAAAUUGAUUCUGUUACUACAUAAACAGUAUACAGUAUUAUUAUUUUAUCUUAACUUGUAAACCAUUCUGAAAGCUGUUUUAAAGGCUGUUUUAAUACACUACCUAUUAAAAGUUUGGACACACUUGA